GGGAGAAAUGGGGCAUGAGGUUAAAUAAGUAAACAACAUGCAAGAUGUACCGAUUAUUUUUAGCGUUAUAUUAUUUUGGACAAUUAUUUACUUGGUGGAUUUCAUUCUUAAGAAGUAUCGUAAACUAUCCCAGACCUAUAUUCAUCUGCUCAAGGAAAAUGGCGUAACCUUCAGUUUUGGUCACAUUCGAUGGUAUACAACCAAACUGAACCGUUGUUUCUAUCGCUGGGGUAAAUAUUACCCCAAUUUCAACAUCCUAUGGUUCACAGUUGGUGCCUGUUUUGGUGUGGUUGCUAUGGUGAUGUCCACAAUUGUAUUAUCUGGCAUGUUGAUAAAUGCACUACACCAAACAUCACCCAAACAACUUCUAAUUCCAGUUAUGCCAGGAAUUAAUCUUCCAUUGAGCCAUAUUCUUUAUUAUUUUUCAACAUUAUUCAUGGCAGGCAUAGUGCAUGAAAUUGGUCAUGCAUUAGCAGCAGUAAGAGAACAAGUACGAGUUAAUGGUUUUGGUAUAUUCUUUAUGGUUCUCUAUCCUGGUGCAUUUGUUGAUCUUUUCACUGAACAUCUGAUGGUGAUCACUCCAAUGCGACAGCUACGUAUUUAUUGUGCUGGAAUAUGGCAUAACUUCAUUCUUGCUCUGUUUUUUUAUGGCUUUUUGCAAAUGCUUCCCUGGCUUCUUUCUCUUGGAUAUGUUACAGGUCGUGGAGCUGUUAUCUUACAGUCAAUCAAGGGUUCGGCAGUUGAGGAAAGUCUUUCAGUGGGUGACUAUAUUACCUCUGUUCAUAAGUGCCAUGUGACACAAGCUGAGGAUUGGCAUUCAUGUUUAAAGCAAAUUAUUUUGAAAAAACAACAUGGAUAUUGUACAGAUAUGUUGACAAUGACAAGGAAAAAUUCAUUUCUUGACAAGGAGAAUUACGAAUCAAAGAAAAUGGAAGAUUGUUGUGGUAACCUUACUGCCUCAAGGUUUUGUUUUUCUUACCAUUCAAGCCUUGGACAACAUGGUUAUUCGUGUCUUCCUGUGAGAACUAUGAUGUCAGACAAUAUCUGCAGUCAUCCAAGUGAAUGCCCAGAUGCAGGAGGUGACAAAGUUUGCAUUCAUCCUUUGCUGGAUAAUUCCAGUCGUCUCAUCAAAAUAUCUCAUCAUAAAGGACAGGAUGUUUUGUUUGUUGGUGAUCCAAAAUUAUUAUUUCUUUCAGUUUAUACAGGUGAUUAUCUACCAGUUUGGAAGUAUUUUCCUCUGAAAUUACCAAUGGUCUUAGAAACAUUUUCAAUGUAUAUGAUAUCAUUGUCAGGGGCUCUAGCUCUCCUCAAUGCCACUCCAUGCUAUUGGCUUGAUGGACAAUGGAUUCUUUAUGCUUUUGUUGAUUUUAGUUUAAGUAAAUAUCUACCAGAUAUACGAACAAGAAAUGCAUUAUGUGGCAUUAUUUUAGCUAUUGGCACAUUCCUUUUGGCAACUAAUAUAAUGAUAGCUGUUUAUGCUUUGGGCAAAGUCACGUGACAUUAAUAAAUAAAAGAAUAUAGAUUUAUAA